CCUCGACAGGAGCAUAGCUUGAAAGUUGCUGGUGAUAACUUGGCUUUCAAGAUGAGGUGAUUUUUGUGUGUGACUAAAAUGGUCCUUUAAGCAGACAAAACUAACAUUACUGUGCUUGUGACCAAAACCUCCAAAGUCCAAACUGAGUACCCCAACCACUGUCUUUGUGUUUGGUAUACCUGCUGUAAGUGGUAGCAGCAGAGUAUUUUAAAAAUAUGAUAUUCUUGAUACCAUGCAUAAACUUUUCUGCUACUUGAUUAUUGGGGUCAAGUACAGCUUUGAUCGUGAAGCUGUCUCGGAGUUACUGUUGCGUAAAACAACCUGAUUAUUUUUUUUCCUUGUAACUGGAAUGAUUGCACUCAGUUUCAUUGUGUUCACUCCUGUGUAGUGUAAAACAACUCCAUUUUUUUUCCUUUUAACUUGGAUGAUUGCACUCAGUUUCAUUGUGUUCACUCCUGUGUAUGUAACCUACUUUGAGUCAUCUUUGCCCUCCUCAGUAAUUAAUUCAAUCCAGAGUCUCAUUUAAAAUAUUGCUAUGUGCAUCACCUUUACGGUCCCUAUUCAAUCAAAGUGUUGACUUUGAUGGGAAACUUGAAUGAAUAAGGAUUCGUGUUUUGGCCCAAAGACCUGAUUUAAACCAACAAGUUCAAGAAUUAAUGAAUAAAGAUCCUUAAUAUCAUUGGCACUAACAGCUAUUGUUAUGAAAGUUCUCACAUUACAGAUGUCUUUGACUGUCAAAGUGCCAACACUCUUUAGAAUGAUUUGUCUCUACCUUCCAUUUUUAUUUAUUUUAUAUUUUUAACUCAUUCUGCAAAAGACUCUUAACUAGUUUUUAAAAUAUCCAGCUUCCUGGAUUUGACUUCAAAGCCUUAAGUUUCUGCUGUGGUUUGUUUUUUGUUUUAAAGGAACUGAUUUGAGAGGUGUCAAAAAGCUUAGAGUCUUCCUAUAAGCAAUGUGAACUUACAUGACCUCCUCACAGUUUAUCUCAUCCUAAGAAGGAACACUAUUUGCCGUGCUUUGGCCGAAAUUUGUGGAACAUACAGAUACUCUUUCUGUUGCAAUAAAGUCUAAAUAGAGUCUGUGAAAGGUUUUUAAGAUUGCCAUUGCCUCUGUCCUCUGCCAAGAAAAUUGGUUCUAUACACUUCUGUCUGAGAAUAUGAAGGAAAAGGAAGAAUAUGCGUGGAUUUAAAAUUAUUGUAUUUAUCAAGUUGUGGAGUGAGAAGUACUGGGAAAAUAGCUUGCUCUGUUGCUCAUUGUAGAUCUACUACAAAUUGUUUCUGAUGCAGCUGAGAAAAAUGCAGACCCUUAAAAAGGAACACGGACCUGUUGACACAAGUAGCAGUGUGGACAAAAUCAUGGUACUUAAGUCUACUUUAGCAGAAGUGUCUGAAGAAUUGUCUACUAAUGAAGAUAUACUUCUUACUGAAGCAAGUAGUGGAAAAAGCAAAUCUUCAGCUUGCAGGAGAAAGCGAGAAUUCAUUCCAGAUGAAAAGAAAGAUGCUAUGUAUUGGGAGAAAAGACGGAAAAAUAAUGAAGCUGCCAAAAGAUCUCGUGAAAAACGACGACUGAAUGACCUUGUCUUAGAGAACAAGCUAAUUGCACUGGGAGAGGAGAAUGCCACUUUGAAGGCAGAGCUGCUUUCGUUGAAGCUCAAGUUUGGUUUAAUUAGUUCUGCAGCUUAUGCCCAAGAGAUACAGAAACUCAGUAGCUCAACAACUGUGUAUUUCCAAGACUAUCAGACUUCCAAAUCAAAUAUUAAUUCAUUUGUAGAUGAACAUGAACCAUCUAUAGUUGGUAGCAGUUGUAUUUCUGUCAUUAAACAUUCUCCUCAAAGCUCAAUGUCUGAUGUGUCUGAAAUACCAUCUGUAGAACAUACUCAACCAAGUCGUAUACAAAGCAACUGCAGAAGUCCUGAAAAUAAGUUCCAGAUUAUAAAACAGGAGCCCAUGGAAUUAGAGAGAGAGCCAAGAGAUGACAGAAGUUCAUAUAAAACAUCCAUAUAUCCAAACUACAUGGGGGCUACCUUUAAUGUGUACUCACAUUCUCCUCCUCUCUUACAAGUUAAUAGGUCCUCCAGUAAUUCCCCCAGAACAUCAGAAACUGAUGAUGGUGUAGUUGGAAAGUCAUCUGAUGGAGAAGAUGAACAGCAGGUUCCUAAGGGUCCAAUCCAUUCCCCAGUUGAACAUAAAAAUGUUCAUGCAACAGUUAAAGUUCCGGAAGUGAAUUCUUCAGCUUUGCCUCACAAGCUUCGAAUUAAAGCCAAAGCCAUGCAAGUUAAAGUGGAAGCAAUGGAUAAUGACUAUGAUGCAACACAGAAAGUGUCGUCACCCAUUGACAUGUCCUCAAAAAGGCAUUUUGAGCUUGAAAAACAUGGUGCACAAAGCUUGGUGCAUUCUUCUCACACUCCUUUCUCGGUUCAAGUGACUAACAUCCAAGACUGGUCACUUAAACCAGAACUCUGGCAUCAGAAGGAACUCAAUGUAAAAAUUCAGAGUGGUUGCAAAACUGGAGUUGUUGAAAUAAAAGACAAUAUCUACAAUGUCUCUGAGUCAGAGAACCUGUAUUUGAAGCAGGGCAUAGCAAACUUAUCUGCAGAGGUUGCUUCACUUAAAAGACUUAUAACUACACAACAAAUCUCUGCAUCAGACUCUGGUUAAGUUACUACUGAACAAAGGCUUAUUGUUUUAAAGGAUGUCAUUUGCAGUAGAUCAAUAUGUUUUGUAUUAUUCUGAAUUUUCACUGGACUUGUGAUGUCAUUUCACUGUAAUGUUCACAUAAUGUCUGAUUGGUGUCUUUUUGUGCACAAAUUAUUAUGAAGACUAGGUUGUGUUAUGAUCACUAUGCCUUGUGUAUAGUCAAGUAGCCUGUACAAAGGCUGUAUAUAGUGAACUUUAUUUUCUUUUUGUUCUACUAUAAAGCGUGCAAGUUACCAGUUACAAUAAAAUAUUGGUGACAAACACAGAACAUCUACUCCAGUUCAGUUGAUUUUUAUGAACUUGUAAAUAAGUUAAUUAAAAACUGGCUUUUCUUACACUGUGCUCAACUUCACCUACAUGUUUGGAUUUUACAGCCUAACAACCAAAUUACAAUUUGCAACAUGUAUAAUCCUUCUGGCCACCUUUUUCCUUAACAUGUUUUUUAGAAGAGAAUAGAGAUAAAGUGAGUAUUUAUAAGUGAAACAGUACCAAUUUAUAGCCUUAGCCUUCUUUAACUAAUUUAUUAGUGGACAUUAACCAAAACCCAUGCAAAUUCUAACCCAGUAACUAAUAUUAACAACCUUUUUUUCUCCUUCUAUCUCAAAUGAGACAGUAAUGAGUUUCCGGAAUGGUUUGUUGUGACAAACCAUUUUUUUCAAUAUUCUAACUCGGUGUUUUAGAUUAAAUUAGUUAAGUUGGAUUUGUGCAUCUGCAAAGUUUUCAGAGCCUUGCAGUGACAUAAUUGGACAACACCAUCUUUGUCAAGGGGUGUCUUGUCUGUGCAAGGAGUGCAGGCAGGGAAAGAAGUAUGCACAAAGGCUGCAUGACAGAGUCUGUCCCUCUUGCAUACCACCGUUCUUUCCACGGCAGACCGUGGGCCACCUGUAGAUGAAGGAUAAGGCUACUGGUUCUGUAAACUCUUGAGCUGAACUAGGCAAAUAUCUACAUAAGGGGCAGGCAAUAGUAGUGGCAGAGUUGGAGGAGACUAUCUCCUAUUUUAGUUCCCAGUGUGGGACAUAAUGCAAUUGUAAGUAUGAAGUAAGUCUUACCACCAAUCUGGCCUUGGUUUCAGUGGCUUAGUUAACUGAACUGGAAUACCCUGGCUCAGUACAGGGCAUUUUGCAAGAACUUAAGUGUAAAAUAAGAGACUAUGUGAAGAACUGUGCAAUCCAGAUACUAUUAGCCCCUUACAAUUUAUGCAGAUGCUAAGUUCUUCACUUGAUGACUGGACAGGGCUGUGGUGCUCUUUGUCUUUGAGAAGAGCCAUUGAACCAUGGAGACUAUAAUUGCAUCACAUAUCCUUGGUUUGGCUUACCAAAGUCUUUCAUUUUAAAAUUAAAAAUAAUUUAUAAAUAGAGCAUAGACUUGGCAGAGGUUCUUUUCAUGAUACUUCCACCCCUCUUUUAACAUACUAAUAAAUCAGACUAACAAAUAAGCUUUUUUCUGAAAAGGCUUUUUAUUAAUUACCAUACUGUAUUUUGAAUGGAACCUUUCCAUAGACUUAAAAUACUAAUUCAGAAAACAAUAUGUAGGUAUUGUUUUUUUACAUUCAUACUUGACUUGAGUGAGAGGAAGUUUGUCAAUUUUUUGGGGAUAUGAAGAGGAGUCUGAGUCACUCCUGAUAGCUCUGAAGCUUGGUCCAGCAGUCAAGGCAAUGGCAAAACUCCCUAAUGUCAGCAAGGCCAGGAUUUGAUUCUGUACCUUUUCAGGAGCUGAUGAUUCACAGUCAUGUUCUGGGAGGACCUUGGCACAGAAAUCACUGGCACUUUCUGAGCUUUUUUGAGCCUUCUAACUGCUGUGCUGUGUUUGUGGCAUUCAGAGUUAAUAAACUGUUAUUCUUUUUUCAUGCCUUAAGAAUACAAUAGACCCCAUAGCUGGGCUCUGUAUGUAUUUGGUAAUUACUAUAGAUGACAUUUCAAUGUUACUGAAAAUAAGCUCAGGAUUAUUGCAUGAAAUGUAAAAAUUUGCAUUGAAUGAUGGGGAUAUGAGACAUGAGGCAGUGAUUGCUGCUGUCUCUUUGCUUGCUAAGUAUCUUCUGUAAGCAACAAUAAAAUUCUUUAAAUAUUUUGCAUAUUAUUUAUCACAUGUAAUGUGUUCAAGGAGAGGACUUAAAACUCUCAGUGUUGCCAUCUGUGUAAGCCUAGAUCUAUUGGUUUGGGUUUUUUUUUUUCCAUUUCUUGUUACAGUUGUUUGUCAUAAUGAAAGAAUGUUGUCCUCUUUCUAGCUCAUUAUAUAUUUUGUGUAUCUGUUUUGUGCAAUUAAUACUUAACAGUAAUGAUGUAGUUAAUUUGUUGAAGGAUGUCAUUGCAAGAAAGUUAUAGCAUGGAGCUUAGGAGCACAAUCAGAUGUUAUUUAUACUCCCUUUAUACCUUAGUGUUAUGCUUCAUUUGAAGAAAGAAAUAAAUAAUUUGUCUUUUGUUCAAAACCUGA